AAUUGCUGGGGCUUGUUUUGCAGUCGUUUGUUCAUUGAUGUGUAAAAAAUGGUAUCUUGCUAAACCUUUCACUCUUUUAACCCAGCUCUUCUCUCAUACCUGUUUCACUUGAUAGGUAGCGUUUAAAAUGUACUUGGGUAUCACACCAAGCAUCACAAACUGGAGUCCAGCAGGCGAUGAAUUCUCCCUUAUCCUGGAAAACAAUCCACUGGUGGAUUUUGUGGAAUUACCAGACAACCAUUCCUCUCUUAUUUACUCUAACCUCUUAUGUGGAGUGCUACGGGGAGCCCUGGAAAUGGUACAGAUGGCUGUGGAUGUCAGAUUUCUUCUGGACACCUUGAAAGGGGAUGGAGUCACAGAAAUAAGGAUGAAGUUUAUCAGGCGGAUCGAAGACAACCUCCCAGUUGGAGAGGAGUGAGUCUUGAGCAGCCUUCACACUGGACUGGAAGAGAUGAAGUCACUGAGCUGGAGCUUCAUUCACAUAUAGUACCCUAUGUACUUUGAGACACUGACUGUUUAAGACGUCAAUUCAUUUGAAAUAGUCUGUUUUAUUUCCACAGAUUUCUAUCAAAAGCUUUUGUAGGAUGCAGAACUCUUUUCACAUUCAUCAGAAACACAAGGCACCCUUUCCUUGUUACCAUGCUUAGCUCCAUGCAAAAAUACAGGAUAUUAAAACUCUAAUUUUGAACAUCGGAAUAAUUCCAGAUGCCACUUUUGUUCUACAGUAAGUGAAGAAUUCCAGCAUUAUGUCCUCUGUUUAUGUUGGUCAGUUUUCCUUCAUGGGGAAGCCAUUCCUGAUAGCACAGAACGUGUUCUAUGAUUUGAAAGAAUUGAGAGCUCAACAAAACAAUUAAAAAUUCAUGUUGAAACAAGAGCUGGAUCCAUUUUGACAGUCCUGAAGGAAGUGUGUCAUUGAAACUCAACAGAAUCCCGGUUGGUUGGGCAUUCCCACUUUCAUCUUCGUCUUCCUAGUUGGUUGGCCAAAAUAGCUUUAAUGAACCAAUGAUGUAGGGGCUCAAGUUUCAAAUGUUUAUGUAAUGUUAGAAAAAUUAUAUUCAUUCUGAGGGCCUCUUCUUUACCAGACAUUUGAUUUCGGUAACUAAUUGAAGAGUUGUUCACACUAGCUGUUUUCUAAAAGUUUUAGGCAAGUGCGUUUCAAAAAUGUUGCUGUCGGGCAUCCGUGCUGAGAGGAUAGAGAUGGUAGUAGCAUGUUUCAUGUGCAUUCAAGUUUUUCUUAAGAAAAAGGGCUCAAGAUUGCAGACCGAAGGGUAUAAACAGCCUUGCAUGGUAGGUUGAUCAGUGUAUCAAAUGCUGGAUGAUUGAAAGGAAUUUGAAUAUCUUAGGAGAGCUUAACAGUGAAUAUUCACUGAGUUUGUCAUUGUGUGUAUUUUAUGAGGUUCUAAGCUUCCUAUUGGGCAAAACAGCCAUUGUUAGGUUUUGUGAACAAAUCUGUACUAAAUUGCGGAAAUCCCUUGAAUUGAGGAUCCCAUGGAGAAUAUGCAUUAAACAUGGAAAUGCCUGGCACACUUGAAGAGGCACAAGAGGCUUCCAGUGAUCUCUGUCUUCUUAAAGCAUAGUGGAAUCCAUUAUCCCAUGCUGAUGUUGGUGAAAAGAUUGCAGUACUUCAUUCGUUAGAGAAAUUAAUUGGUGGUUGGGAGGCUUAAUGUUUUAUUUAUGUGGGCAUCAAAUGCAUUGUAUUUUAAAAGUUGGCAAAGGGAGCCAUAAUUAUUCAAUGAUUUGGUCUUGUAAAUAAUGCUCUGGAUAAUAUGUGCAGCAGGAGAAUGAAAUGGCUUACCUAAUUGCAAGAAGAUGAAAACCAAACAGUUGAUUUCUCAAGACAGCGGGGCCAUUUUUAAGGGUAUCUUGGUCAUAUUUUCCCAGCGCUCUUCUAUAAUUUUUCUCAGUGCAGAAGUAUAGAGGCAAUAUUUUUUUGCAUCAUGAAAAAUAAAAAUUUGAGCAUUCCUGUUUCGGACUAAUUCAUUCUGACUGUCGGAGUAUUCUAGCCCUGAGAAAACCAUUUUUGUUCCUUCUGUAAUUUGUGAUAGUUUUAAAAAAAUACGCUGAUCUACAGCUGAUUGGUAAAUAUUUAUUAGAAGCAAUUUACACCGUUUUAUUUGUAUAUAUGGGGUAUGGCUUAUGUGUUCCAUUUUUGAAGGUAUUGUUUUGAAGCUCUUAUAUUAAAGACAUUCUUAAGGUGUAUGGCAGCAGAUUCAUAGUAAAUUUUAUUAAAUUUUAUCCUACUUUCCCCUAA